AUACACCAACGCAGUUUGUUCAAGCUAAUUAACUUUGUGCUUGUUCUUCUUGCAUUAUUGCAUGUUUUUGUUGUUGUUCUUCUUCUUCCUUUCCCCUUUUUUUAGGAUUCUUCCUAUAUUUGGUAACACACCUAUUUUUGCGUGCGAACUUGUGCAAAAUUCUCUGUAACACGCGUAUAUAAUAAACUGUCUCCAUUUCCAUUUCCUUUUUUUUCGUUCAUAAGAAGAAGAAGGAGGGAAGGUAUUUAUUGGUUUUGGAGUUUCGAAGGAAGAGAAAAACAAAAAAAAAAAACAAAAAAAAUAAGAAGAAGAAGAAAAAGGAAUGGCGACAGAGGCAUUCAUUUUGAAAGGAAGCAGUGCGUUGUUGAUAUCUCUAAGAGCGGUGAAGAGUCUCUUCAUGUUGAUCAAUGCGGUUGUUAUGCUUCUUUUGUUUCCCUUCAGAGGAAGGAAAAGAGGUUCUCCGGUUGAGAGAAAUUCCAAGGAAGACAAGAUGAUGAUGAUGAAGUAUGAUGAUUGCUACCACCACCACCACCACCACCACCACCGGAAAGGGGCGGUGGUGAGGGUUCCGGCAGCUAAAAUGGUGCCGUGGAGGAGUGGGUGCGGUGGUAGCAGUGGUGCUGCGGCGGCGAUGAAGGCAGCGUUGAAGGCGGUGGAUGAAGGUGCAAGGAGGGAAUUGGCCAUAAAGAGAGUAAUGGAGGAUAAUGAUGAUAAAAAUUGUGUUAGGGAUUAUUGGCUUUUAGGGACAAAAAGAGGUGACAGCAUUUUCACACAAUCUUGGACCCCAGUUUCUGUUCAGAUCAGGGGACUAGUUAUUCUGAUGCAUGGACUUAAUGAACACAGUGGCAGAUAUGGUCAUUUUGCAAAGCAGCUGAAUGCUAGUGGCUACAAGGUUUAUGCCAUGGAUUGGGUUGGUCAUGGUGGAAGUGAUGGACUACAUGCAUAUGUUCACUCUCUUGAUUAUGCAGUUUCCGAUUUGAAAAUAUUUAUUGAGAAGGUUGUAACUGAAAAUCCGGGUCUACCAUGUUUCUGCUAUGGACACUCAACAGGUGCAGCCAUUACUCUUAAGGCACUACUUGAUCCAAAGGUUGAAGCCUGCAUCACUGGAGCUGUUUUCACAGCACCUGCCGUUGGGGUUGAGCCUUCUAAUCCUCUUUUGUUGGUAAUUGCUCCUCUAGUUUCAUUUCUGCUGCCAAGAUACCAAUGUCGUGCUGCAUACAAGAAAGGGAUGCCGGUAACUCGAGAUCCCGAGGCUCUGCUGGCUAAAUACUCUGAUCCGUUAGUAUGCACGGGUCCCCUUAGAGCGAGGACUGGCUACGAGAUUGUCCGGAUCACAAGCUACUUGCAGCAGAACCUGAGAAGAAUAAGAGUUCCAUUCAUUGUUCUGCAUGGAACUGCUGACUCUGUAACUGACCCUGGUGCUUCUCUGAGGUUUUAUGAAGAAGCUUCAUCAUCUGACAAAACCAUAAAGUUAUAUGAAGGAUUUGUGCAUGAUCUUCUCUUUGAGCCUGAAAGAGAUGAAAUCAUAGAAUGUAUUAUUCAAUGGUUGAAUAGAAGAGUGUGAAAUUAGGUAGAACACCGCUAAGGGAGAAAAAACAACCAAAAAAAGAAAAAAAAAUCCUAGAAAUUUUUAAUCUAGGAGAGAAUUUGAAUAAGCAGCAAUUAUAUUGUUUUUUCGAGUGAUUGCUGUUAAGGCCCUUGCAGUGAAGGAGAGGGGAAAAAGGAUCUCUAGUUAGGCAAUUGAAUUGAAUUUAUUGUUCUCAGUUGUCAUUAUUCUGGAGAUUAUCCUUUGUGAUAUUGCAUGUGAUGUAAAAGUGCAAAAAAGUUAUGUGGAUGCGUGAAGGUGCAAUGCCUCGUUUAUUUUUA